ACGGCCCGGGUCCGGGACGCGCCGCCCAGCUCCAUCCCGCGGCUCGUGCUGGCUGCGGGCCUUGCGUGCUCGCGUUGCCCCUCCGCGGGCCGGGCUCCCGAGCCCGCCCAGGCCCAGCACCGCUGGCCGCCAGAGGAGAGUCGCUGGCCGUGGUCGCCGCCUGGUAGGAUAUUCUGCAUCCCAGAGAUAAAGCAAAAAUCUUCUUGAAAUAGAUGGAUUUCUGUCACUUUCUGUGAACCAAAGCGAUUCAAUGUCUCUUUUGGAUUGUUUCUGCACUUCACGAACACAAGUUGAAUCACUCAGACCUGAAAAACAGUCUGAGACCAGUGUCCAUCAACACUUGGUUCAUGAGCCAACCCCUUCCCAGUUGCCUCCAUCUGUUACAGCCAAUGCAGUGAUCUGUUCCACCAACGUUUCUCACUAUGAAUUUCAAGUGGAAAUAGGAAGAGGAUUUGACAACUUAACUUCUGUCCAUCUUGCACGCCAUACUCCCACAGGAACACUGGUGACUAUAAAAAUUACAAAUCUGGAAAACUGCACUGAAGAACGCCUAAAAGCUUUACAGAAAGCAGUGAUUCUAUCCCACUUUUUCCGACAUCCCAAUAUUACAACUUACUGGACUGUUUUCACUGUUGGCAGCUGGCUUUGGGUUAUUUCUCCAUUUAUGGCCUAUGGGUCAGCAAGUGAACUCCUGAAGACUUACUUUCCUGAGGGAAUGAGUGAAACUUUAAUAAGAAACAUUCUCUUUGGAGCAGUGAGAGGGUUGAGCUAUCUACACCAAAAUGGCUAUAUUCACAGGAGUAUUAAAGCCAGCCAUAUCCUCAUUUCUGGUGAUGGCCUAGUGACCCUCUCUGGCCUGUCCCAUCUGCAUAGUUUGAUUAAGCAUGGACAGAGGCAUAGGGCUGUGUAUGAUUUCCCACAGUUCAGCACAUCAGUGCAGCCGUGGCUGAGUCCAGAACUACUGAGACAGGAUUUACAUGGAUAUAAUGUAAAGUCAGAUAUUUAUAGUGUUGGAAUUACAGCAUGUGAAUUGGCCAGUGGGCGGGUACCCUUCCAGGACAUGCAUAGAACUCAGAUGCUGUUACAGAAACUAAAAGGUCCUCCUUAUAGCCCAUUGGAUAUCAGUAUUUUCCCUCAAUCAGAAUCCAGCAUGAAAAAUUCCCGAUCAGGUGUAGACUCUGGGAUUGGAGAAAGUGUACUUGUCUCCAGUGGGACUCGCACAGUAAAUAGUGACAGACUGCAAACGCCAUCCUCAAAAACGUUCUCUCCUGCCUUCUUUAGCUUGGUACAGCUCUGUUUGCAACAAGAUCCUGAGAAAAGGCCAUCAGCAAGCAGUUUAUUGUCCCAUGUUUUCUUCAAACAGAUGAAAGAAGAAAGCCAGGAUUCAAUACUUGCCCUGUUGCCUCCUGCUUAUCACAAGCCAUCAACAGCGCCGCCUCCAGCGUCACCUUGGACUGUGCCAGAACGUGACUUUUCUGAUGAAACAGACUCAAACUGGGAAUUCUAGGGCUGCCAAAUCCUUUUACGUCCUAUAUACUUGAUACUUUUUCCCUGCUGGUUUUUCUUCUGUUUUGCUAGGUACAAAUAAUAGAAUUAUACUUGAAAAUACACUUGGUGCACUGGAGAACCUAGUCAUUUAAAACCACUCUGUUCAAAGGAGUAUGAAAUUAUAGCCCCUUUGGUUAGCUCAGUUACAUUAUAACUACAGGGAAGCUUCAAAAUUAUUAAUCUGUCUUAGUAGCAUAUGUUCUCAAACUUUUUCCCAAGCUGUGACUAACUCCUCUUCUGGAUCUCUCAAUAUGAUUUUUGAGCCAGUUAAAUUUUUCAGCAUUUUGCUGCCCUCAGGCAAAUGAGCCCGCAGAGGACAGUGCUUCCAAGUACAUUUAUUACUUCUGGAUUCUCUAGCAUUUUUGAUCACCCCUAUUAGACUAACAGGCUAGUUUAUCUCAUCAAGCCCUUUUUUGGCAGAAGGGAAGAUGUUUAUAUUUUCCCACUUUCUUGUGUUAAUACUAAUGGUAAUAUCAAACUGAGCCUCACUCAUUAAAUGAUUCACUUGAAAUACAUAAAUUGUAAUUUGCUUUUUAUUUUUAUUUUUGAGGGGCUAAUGUAACACUUUUCUACUUAUGUAAAUUAUAGAAGCUAAAUCAUGCACCCUGUGGGAGCUCAAUAAAAAUUUAUUGAACUGAG